AACAGCAUAAGGGCAAGAGCAAAACAUUGUCAGAAUUGCUUUGGUGGUUUUCAGAGCUGACAGGAACUUGACGACGCUCUCCGAAAAAUGGAGUUCAUUCCUGAACAAGGCAAAAACGUCCUUGCUGACUCAUCCACUCUCAUCCUGCCAGCGCUGUCCAUUGGAAAUGUCGGACAGCUUGCCGUGGAUCUUUUAGUUGCAUCAACAAAGGCGGAGAGAGUUGGAUACUUGGACACUCCCUUUAUCCUUCCAUGUGUUGGCAACGACGCGUAUGGGCCUGUUCCUCAAGGAGAGCUUGCUCUCCCUCUUGAAGCUUAUGACUCAUCUUCUAAAUCUUUGUCUUUAAUCCAACAAAGAUCCCCUGUUGUUAAGGGGAAGAUGAUUGAAUUUGCUAAGAACUUGGCUGAUUAUGUUGCUGCCAGUGGAAAGAAGCAUGUCAUUGUGCUUUCAAGCUUAGACUUUGGGAGGUGGCAGAGAAUUGAUAUGUCAAGUGGUUCACAGAUGCAUUACUUGUCAAGCACUAAUUCGGAUGGAACAGAUGAUCACUGUGAACAACUUGGGUGGAAAAGACUUCAGGAAUAUAACCCAAAUCAGAGGUCUUGGAAGUAUCUUAGCACAUUAGCUGAAGACAAUGUUAUGCCAGAGGACAGCUUGCCCUUUGAAGGUGAAUUUGAAGAAGAAGAAUAUUACUACCCAAGCUUGCCUUUUGCAGCACUCUUUUCUUGCUUCAAGGCUAAGGGAUUGAAGGUGACCUGCUUACUGUGUUUCUGCUCUGAAGGAGAUAACACACCUGAUGCUUUCCACUUGGCCGAGGCAGCAUGCAAACUUCUGGGUCAGAGUCCCACUAAUUUCCAUGGCAACAGUAACGAUAAAUGGCUUAUUCCAAUUUCUUGGAAGACUGUGUAUGGACCCCCAGCAGAUAUUUCUUUAUUUUAGGCGGGAAUAGGAUUCCUCUGAUCUGACUAUCCGAGGCAAGAGAUCUCCAAGAUUAAUGUACCUCCUUUAUGCUCCACAGCUUCACUUCUUAUGUUUACUGUUUUCUAGCUCUGGUUUACUUUCCUAGUUUGAUUCCUUUUGUUUUGUUCGAAUAUCUCCAAGAUGGAGUGAUGAAAUCCAGAGAAUUGAAUCAAGAUUAUCAGUUCUAUCAC